AUGUCAAUUGUUAGCCUCAGCAUCAGCGUUGUACGAGUAUCAGUUGAGGGACUAGAGACCAUUCCAGCUGCAGCGACUACAACCACCCCGGACGCUACUGGGAAUGGCGGCAGCGUUGGCGGUGUUGUGGGCAUUGGCGCCGCAGCGGGUGCGGUGGGUGGGAGCGUUGGCGGUGAUAAUAACACCGAAUCGGAUCCCUAUGCCGGCUUAAUGAAGGACGCAGAUAAAUUGAAACUGAUGUUGCUAGCCUGGAAUUACCAAAACUCAAAUGCGGUACGCAACGGCACUGAGGGACCCGAUUUGGGUGUGGUUGGUGGUUUGUGGGCACAAUACCAAAAUGCGUUGGCACAAACUGCUGCAGCCAACAACAAAAUGGAUACAUCGUUAUCGCCAGUACCGCGCACAGAUGCCACUUCGCCAAUGGAGGCGCAGGAUGAGACAAAUUCUUCGGGACAGAAGGAAGAGGAUGAGGGCUCUGAGGAUGAUUCGGAUGAUAAGUUGGACGAGAAGUUGGCCACACAUGAUCCCGAGCGGCUAAAGGCGUUCAAUAUGUUCGUGCGCUUGUUUGUCGAUGAGAAUCUCGAUCGCAUUGUUCCCAUUUCCAAGCAGCCAAAAGAGAAAAUUCAAGCAAUCAUAGACUCGUGCGCCAGACAAUUUCCCGAAUUUAGCGAUCGCUCACGCAAACGUAUACGAACGUAUCUGAAGUCGUGUCGCCGUAACAAGAAGACACGCGACGGCUGGGAUAAUACGACCCGUCCGACACCCGCGCACUUGACGUCCGUACAGGCUGAGCAGAUACUAGCAAUCGCUUGCGAGAAUGAGUCCAUGAAUGCCAAACGUAUGCGCAUCGGCCUGGAGCCCAUCACACAUGCCAUACCGGCGCCUGGUUCAGCCGUCGCCGCAGCUGCAGCGGCAGCGGCAGCAGCAGCCGCGGCCGCAGUAGCUGCAACCAGUUCGACUGUAUCCGUUGGUGGUGUUGGCAACUCAACCAUGACAUCGGUUUCAGCUAGUGACGCGCUCUCCACUGUCACAACGUCAACGCUGCCGUUUGUUGGCGCUGGCGGUGGUGGCUUUGCACGUUCCACACCUAAUUCGGAUGCCGCCGAACCACUUUCGUUGACACCAGCGGCUGCCGUAGCAGCUGCUGCAGCCGCAGCUGUGGCCGCUUCGACGGCUGGUGCCGGUGGCGGCAGUGGUGGCAUCAAUUCGGCGCGCAGCUCACCGCUGGCAUUGAGCUCGAACACAAGCGUGAGUGGCAGCACAAGCGGUAUGGAUAUUAAACCGCUUGCGGCUGCCCUAUCGAACGGUAAUACGCCAACUAACGGCACUGUUAGUUGUCUGGCAGGACUGCCUGCCACAAGUCCACUUUACCGGCCAUCCGACUUUACUUCACCCUCGGCAGCAUCACCUUUCGUGGCCGCUGCUGCUGCGGCAGUAGCCGCUGGUCGCACACCAACUUAUCCCGGCUACUUUCCAGGCGUCGCUGGACUGGGAAAUGUCGUACCCACGGAUCUCUCCAUGAAACCAUCGUCCACUAGCACGUGCGCCACACUCACCACCGCCCCCACCACCGUCAACACCAACAACAAUAUCGGCGUGAUGGGUGUUGGCGCACCAAAUCUCACCAGCCUCGUCGGCACCGGCGGACUCUCCGUCAACAACAACAAUGCACUUGUCACCGCCACACAGCAACUACAACAGCUGCAGCAACAACAGCAACAACAGCAGCAGCAACAACAGCAACAACAACAGCAGCAGCAGCAACAACAGCAACAGCAAGCAAUCAUGGCAACUGGUCUGAAUGCCAACCAACUGGGCGGUGGUGGCACAUUGAACGACCCAAAUGCUGUUGCUACAGUACGUCCACCGCCACUGCUGGCGCACAAACUGAGUCCCAACGAAAUAACGGCAGCGCGCCAAGUGAUCUCGGCGUACCGGGAGAGCGCAGCUUUUCUGCUCCGCACCGCCGAUCAGGUGGAACAGUUACUCGUGCAACAGCAAUAAAAUGUGAGCUGCCGAGUGCUUUGGUGAAUUUGAUGCAUGUGGCAAUGUCUGUUGUUGAAGUGCGGCAAGUUACGUUUGUUAGUUUACAGUUAUAUUGCAUUUAUUUUGACGGUAUGGUGAAGGUGAAAUCGAAGUGUUUAGGCUUUCAUUUGAAUUUGUUCCAUAUAAACGAAGCGGAUGCAGAAAUUCAUAGACAGACAUUUAUACAAACAUAUAAACCAGCAUUUUCUAUAGCAACAAAAACUCACCAUAGACCCCCUUUCUAGAAGGGAGGGUUGUUCCUAUUUUACUAAAUAAAAGACAUUUAAAAUAACAGUAACCAAAAAACAGAAACCAAACAAAUAGUCAAGUCAAUAUAAAAGAAACUACAGUAAAUUAUAAAAUUACAAAACCAAAAAAAAAAAAAAAAAAAAUAGCCAAAGCCGAAUGUUUGAAAGCAAAAAUAAUAAAUAGAUGUUCUACUUGCAUUAAUUUUCUUGAACUACAAUAGCAGCCAAAAAAAUAGAAUCAGCGGGCAUUGUGUGAUCAAAUGGCAGGCGUUUUAGCAAUGAUUUUUGGUUUCAGAACAUUUGAAAGAUUGGUUAGAACAUUUUUGGAACCUUUAGGAAGUGCUUAGAAAUUUUUGAAGGUUUUUCAUUCAAAUUUCUAUUGAUUUUUUGAUUAAACGUUUUUAAACAUUUAAUAAUUCACAGAUCUUUGAAUACCAUAGCGUCUCUAAAUUUUUUUUUAUCUUCAGCACAGAGCACCAAUUUGUAUGGUUCGGCAGAUUUUAGGCGUUCUGAAUACAGGAAAC